AUGGACGGAUGGCAAGACCACCUCCACUUUGCCUUUAUCGGAGAACACGUCCUCCUCCCCAGCCUCCACCUCGACUCGCUCUGGAAGUUUGCCGUCGCAUCCGCUCUUUCUGUCGUUAUAUGCUCUUCCGAAAGGUUGCUCACGUAUGCUAUUUCGCAACACUGGGGCCCGGCAUGCACACGUCGGUCACGCGUCCGCCAGGCUGCAUGGAGGGCCUUCCUACACUGGCUCGUCACCUUUGACAGACUGAUGUACAUGCUCAUCGCCAUGACUUUCAGCAUUGGCCUGAUCGUCGUCACCGUCACUACCCUCUCCUUCGGUCAGUUCAUUAUCGAACUGCUCCAGACCCCCCACUCGCCCACGCACAGCCAUGGCCCCGGCAGCCCCGAAUACAAAGAGCCGCUCCUCCCCUCGCACUCCUCGCACUACCAGGACCGCGAGUCCGAGGACCCGCACGGCUACGCCGACUCGUACCCACCGCCCAUCCCGCUCACGCUCCCCACGCGUCGACCCGUGCCCAUCCGCGCCUACUCCGAAAACUCGCACACGACGCGCACGGCACGGUCGGGCUCGACACGCUCAAAGCCAGAUGGCCUGAACAUCUUCAUCCACCCGAGCGAGAACAACAUCGCCCGGGCGGACGCCGCGGCGCGCGAGCUUGGGCUAAGCUCUGAGGAGGACGAAGAGACAGGUAUCUACCGUGCGGAUACGCCGGAGGACCAGCCUCUGUGGGAGCCCGGCAAGGGCAAAGACGUCGCGAGGAGUCUGCUGGGGCGAUAG